UGAAGAUAAUCAUACUAGCCGCGAAUCGUGGAUUAAAUCUUAAAUUCAAGUAGGAACUGCGGAACCACGGCAACUGUCAUUCAAACAUGAGAAUAACUAUUUCUAUGGGGCCUCAAACCCUGGUCCAUCAAAUCAUUUUCUUGUCAGUAGCUCUUCUAUUUUCGACAUCUCAUGGGCAAGAAUAUGACUACAAAUUGACUGAAUACAAGACCUGUAACAAAGCAAUCGAUAUGGCGGUCUUGAUGCAAAACUCAACGGCAAUUCAGGCUCUCCCAGUAAUUUACCUGGCCAAGAAGGACCUGGAAGAGCAGGGCCUAAGAGGUCCUCUUCAGAACUGGAGCAUCCGAAUCAAAUACAGAGAUACCAAAGGAUCUAACGUGGACGCAGCCCUCGAAGCUUUCCGGCUGCAUCACGAAGCCAGCCUGAAGUGUCAGCGAGCAGUGGCACAGGUCCCUGCUGCGGAAUGCGGCGAAGAGGAACUUUCUCAAAUUGAUGUAUUCCUGGGCCCUGUCGAAACCUACUCUGUGACAACCUUUGUUCGUCUGUCAACUCACUGGAACACGCCAGUCCUCAGCCCCGCUGGUAAAGACUUCCCCGGCGACCAGUCACUCUACAAGAUACACGGACGAUAUUCCCAGCUGGCGUCAAGCAUACGGAAAAUGUGGAAGGAAUUGAAUUGGACCCGCACGUACAUUCUGUUCGAAGAUUAUUGUGAGGACACUGUGAAAGGGAGAACAGAUUGUUUCCACGUAAUGAAUUCGAUCAACGAGCAGCUGAAGAAGUAUAACUACACAGUUGAUCACUCGUGUGUCAAAACACAUAAGCAUUACGAUCCAGAAACACUCAUAAAAACCAUCGCAGAAAAAGCCAGAAUUGUGUUGAUGUGUUUCGAAAAUCGAUCACGUUUGAUAGAGACAAUGAAGGCGGCAAGAAAUCCGAGUUACGCUUCUACGGAGGAAUACGUUUUCAUCAACGUAGACAUUAGAAACAAUCCUGAAGAAGACAACUCGUGGUUGGAACCGAAUUCAACUGCAGAAAAUUUCGAACCAAUGUUUGUGAUCACUUCUCGUACACCAGCAAGUGACGAUUAUAGAAAUUUCACCAAACGAGUGAGAAUGUUAGCUUCUGACCCGGAUCAAAAGGAGCUACGCGACCAUCUUCAGAACCUCACCGCGAACAACAAAGCUCCCGCAAGUUUGAAUUCAAGCACUCUGGUCUCUCCUUUAAUAGCGAGUUUUUAUGAAGGGGUUUGGUUCUUUGUCGAAGCAUUCAACAGGACCCUCAAGUUGAAGCGAUUGAAUCCGAAUAUUUCAGUGAAAACUGAAAUAUUCAAUCAAAUGAAAACCGGCACCUUUUACAGUCACCUCAAGAAAAGAAAUUACACUUUGACAGACAGAACCAUCCCCGACCAAUAUUCGCUACUAAACUGGCAAAACUUAUCUGGGGAAAUAUCUUUCCAGGAAGUGGUCGUAAUGGAUACAUUUGAAAGUACUGAAGAAUGGAAAUCUAAUAAUGCCAAAAUAUAUUGGUAUGGCAAGACGUAUACAUGGGAGCAGUGGAGAACAUCCCGACCAACAGACUCCCCGGAAUGUGGAUUCAAAGGAGAAAAAUGCGGCUGUGACGCGCGUUGUCAAGUAUAUGUCUCCCUCUCGGUUGCUGCGAGCUUGCUUCUCCUUGCAGUGGCAGUGGGCAUAUGGAUGUAUCAAAACGAAAGAAGCAUUAAAGAAAUGUCUUGGAAAGUCCCGUACGAGGAAAUCGAUUUCACUUUUCAAACGGAGAAAAAACCAACAUUCAUCAAGAAUGGCUCAACUUAUUUGAAUGAUAAUGUGAGCCUCAUAAGCAAUCAAGAACAAAUUUUGAAUAACAGUAGCAAAGCAAGGUUGGCAUCAUUCAAAGGCAAUCCAGUGAUCGUAAAGUACUUGAGUCGAGCUCAAGUUCGUUUAUCCAGGAAGCUCUUGCUGGAGCUCAAAGCGAUGAAGGAUCUCGGGUGCAGAAACAUAACAAAAGUAUUUGGUGCAUGCUUGGAAGCUCCAAACAAUUGUAUUCUCAACGAAUAUUGCACGCGAGGUUCACUGCUCAAUUUAUUAGGCAAGGAAAACUUUAAACUUGACAAGAUUAUGAAAUACUCGCUUCUGUUCGACGUCGUCAAAGGGCUGUUGAAGCUCCACUCUAGCAAAAUAAAAAUUCACGGAAAUCUCAAGUCUUCGAACUGCGUUGUCAACGCGAGAUUCGUCGUCAAACUCACGGAUUUCGGAAUUCUUGAUCUUCGGGAGAGAGACGAGUCAAUAGAAUCAGCUGAUACUGCGGACUUUUACGCAGGUCAGCUUUGGAGCGCACCUGAAAUGCUGAGGCGAGGUCAUGAAUUGUCAAGCCGUGAAAUUCAGAAAUCUGAUUUAUAUUCUCUUGGUAUCAUCAUAAACGAAAUUUUUACAAGGAGAGGAACUUUCCCACUACCAGACGAGAGUAAACACAUCUCAAUCGCAGAGAUCGUAACCAAAGUAAGAGAAGGUUCUCUACCCCAAAUGAGGCCGAUGAUUGGGGAAGACGUGGAGGAUGAAAUCAGGGAUUUGUUGGAAAAAACAUGGAAGUGGAAUCCAAAAGAUCGCAUUUCCUUAUCCGACAUCAAGUCGGUCAUCCAGAAGCAACAGAACACGGGAAACAUAAUGGAUAAUUUAUUACGAAGAAUGGAAGAAUAUUCCAACGAAUUGGAAAAACAAGUCGAUGAAAGAAAGAAAGACUACAUGGAAGAGAAGGCGAAAUGUGAAGACUUACUUUAUCAACUUCUGCCUAAAUCAGUGACAGAGAAGCUGGUGGCACGACAGCCAGUCUUGGCAGAGCAUUUCAGCGCUGUGACCAUUUACUUCAGCGACAUAGUUGGUUUCACAUCACUUUCUUCAGAAUCAUCACCAAUGCAAAUCGUAGAAAUGCUCAACGCUCUCUACUUACUUUUCGAUACAAAGAUCAAGGCUUUCGACAUUUACAAGGUAGAAACUAUCGGCGACGCGUACAUGGCUGUGUCUGGUGCGCCUCAGCGAAAUGACAACAGGCAUGCCAGAGAAGUUGCAAGGAUGGCCCUCACACUGCUGGACGCAGUCAAGAAAUUCCAAAUACCUCACCGCCCCGAGAAGCAGCUGCAGCUGCGGAUAGGGGUGCACUCGGGCCCGUGUGUGGCCGGGGUGGUGGGACAAAAAAUGCCGCGCUAUUGUCUCUUCGGCGACACCGUCAACACCGCAUCCAGGAUGGAAAGUACCGGAAAGCGCGUCCACAAGACGCUCUUGCAACAGUUCAUCCGUGCCUGCGCAAUUGCUUCUAAUGACCGCAACGAUGCCAAUACAGUGCCAUUUGUUCCGUGA